CUUCUCUCAUUCCCGCAACUUGUCUCAUUCCUCUUUCCACUUCCCUCCUCUCCACAGAAAUGAUCUCUUCUGCAUCGGUCUCUCGCCUGGCUCUCGCCACCGGUCGUCGCACCGUCCAGCGCGCCGCCACCCUCGUCCCCAUGGCCAGGGCUAUCGCUUCCCAUAACACCGUCCGCGCUUUCUCGGUCACCCCUAGCGCUCCUCGCCACAUCUUGACUGCCUCGGCUGUCUCGCUCAAGACCAACAUGGCCCGCUACUACAGCUCCAAGUCAUACCCCACCCACAUCACCAUCAACAUGCCUGCUCUGUCACCCACCAUGACCAUGGGAAACAUUGGAACCUGGCAGAAGAAGGUCGGCGAUGCUGUCGCCGCCGGUGAUGUCCUUGUCGAGAUUGAGACCGACAAGGCUCAAAUGGACUUUGAGUGUCAGGAGGAGGGUUACAUCGCCAAGAUCUUGGCUGACUCUGGGUCUAAGGAGGUCAACAUCAACCAGCCCAUCGCCAUUAUGGUCGAGAACAAGGAGGAUAUCGACAAAUUCGCUGACUUCACCGCCGCUGAUGCUGGCGCUGCACCUGCCGCCGCCAAGGAGGAGGCGCCCAAGAAGGAGGAGGCGCCUAAGAAGGAGGAAGCACCCAAGAAGGAGGAAGCCCCUAAGAAGGAGGCUGAUACCACCAACGCUGCUCCUUCCCGCUCUGAUGCUGAGCGCAUUUUCGCCAGCCCCAUCGCCAAGAAGAUCGCCAACGAAAAGAACAUCUCCUUGAGCGACCUCACCGGAUCUGGACCCAAGGGCCGUAUCUUGAAGGCUGAUGUUGAGGGCUAUACCCCUGCUCCCAAGUCCGCCUCUGCUCCCGCCACCAAGGCCGCUCCUGCCGCCGCUCCUGCCGCUCCCGCUGGUGCUGCUUACACGGAUAUUCCUCUCACCAACAUGCGCAAGAUCAUUGCCCAGCGUCUCACGGAGUCCAAGCAGACCGUUCCUCACUACUAUGUCACUGUUGAGUGCGAGAUGGACAAGGUCAUGAAGCUGCGUGAGGUUCUCAACAAGUCCUCGGAGGACAAGUACAAGCUGUCUGUCAACGACUUUAUUGUCAAGGCCUCUGCUCUUGCCCUUAAGGCUGUUCCUGAGGCCAACAGCUCCUGGAUGAACGACUCUAUCAGACAGUACCACACUGCUGAUAUCUGUGUUGCCACUUCUACACCCUCCGGCUUGAUCACGCCAAUUGUCGCUAACGCUGAGACCAAGGGACUGGCCACGAUCUCUAACCAGGUCAAAGAUCUCGCUGCCCGCGCCCGUGCUAACAAGCUGGCUCCUCACGAGUACCAGGGUGGCACUUUCACGAUCUCCAACAUGGGCAUGUAUGGCGUCAAGCACUUCACUGCCAUCAUCAACCCUCCUCAGUCGUGCAUCUUGGCUGUUGGUUCCACUGAGAAGCGCGUCGUCCCUGGAGAUGAGGGCGAGGUCCGUACAGCGUCGAUCAUGGCUGUGACCCUGAGCUCUGACCACCGCACUGUUGACGGUGCCAUUGCCGCUCAGUUCUUGAAGGCCUUCAAGGGCUACAUGGAGAACCCCUUGAAGAUGUUGUUGUAAAAUCUGCUCCGUCUUCCAUUUUAUAUAGAUCUUCUCUUUCGGUCCCUGUCAUCCAUCCUUCUCGCUCCUUCUAAUGUACACUUGUCUCUUUUUCCCCGCCCGUUUUCUUGUUCAAGAAAAAAAAAAAAAAAAGUUUAGCAUAGUCAGUCAAUCACUUUCAUAAAACAUUCUCACAAGAUUA